GGGACCAAACGCGAAAUGCCUCCUCCCCGCAGACAGGAAAGGCAGAAAAGCGCGAGCAAUACAGGGGCGCAGGGGCCGCCUGGAACUCGCUCUCCACAUCAUUUGGCUGCAGCAUCACCUCACCUCGUCUCCACCCCUCGAUCUCCGUCGCCGUCUCCCCCCAUUCUUCCAGGACCAUCCCCCUCCCGAUCUACCCCGCCGACGCGGUCGAGAUCCUCGUUCCAUGGUGUCGUGACGGCGGCAGCGCUCAUGGACCCCAAGUCCCCCGACGACCGCCCGGAGGCGGCGGCACCGCAGCCGCUAGAGUGGCGGUUCGCGCAGGUCUUCGGCGAGCGCGGUGCUGGCGAGGACGUGCAGGAAGUUGACAUCAUCUCUGCGAUCGAGUUUGACAAAUCUGGUGAUCAUCUUGCCACUGGAGAUAGGGGUGGACGUGUAGUUUUGUUUGAAAGAACUGAUGCCAGGGGUAAUGCCAGUCGGACAGAGCUUGAGAGACAAGAUUAUUCGGUGCCCAGGCAUCCUGAGUUCCGCUAUAAAACUGAAUUUCAGAGUCAUGAACCUGAGUUCGAUUACCUAAAGAGUUUGGAAAUAGAGGAGAAAAUCAACAAGAUCAAGUGGGGCCAAAUAGCCAACAAUGCACUCUUUAUCUUGUCUACAAAUGACAAAACAAUCAAGUACUGGAAGGUGCAAGACAAAAAAGUGAAACGAAUUUCAGUAAUGAAUUUGGAUACUUCCCAGAGUGCAGACAAUGGGACAACUUCUAGUUCGAGUACCAGUAGCUCUAGAGGCCUUCCUAAUGGAGGAUCCUCAGAAAAGUCAUACAAUUAUGCAAACAACGAUCUGCCAUUCCCUCCUGGGGGAUAUGCAUCAUUGCGUUUGCCUGUGGUUACAGGCCAAGAGUUAAACCCUGUUGCUAGAUGCCGGCGUGUAUAUGCACACGCCCAUGAUUACCAUAUCAAUUCCAUUUCAAAUAAUAGUGAUGGUGAGACAUUCAUAUCAGCAGAUGAUCUGCGAAUUAAUCUGUGGAAUUUGGAAAUCAACAGUCAGAGCUUUAACAUUGUUGAUGUGAAGCCUGUAAACAUGGAGGAUCUAACUGAGGUGAUUACAUGUGCGGAGUUCCAUCCAACUCACUGUAAUACACUAGCCUAUAGUAGCUCAAAGGGCGCUAUCAGGCUUAUUGACCUGCGGCAAUCAGCACUGUGUGACAACCAUUCUAAGCUAUUUGAGGAGCAUGAAGCACCUGGAUCAAAAUCCUUUUUUACGGAGAUAAUUGCAUCCGUUUCAGAUAUAAAGUUUGCAAGGGAUGGACGGCAUAUUCUUAGUCGUGAUUAUAUGACUCUCAAGUUAUGGGAUCUCAACAUGGAUUCAGGCCCAGUAGCAACUUUCCAAGUUCAUGAACAUUUAAGGCCUAAGCUUUGCGAUCUAUAUGAAAAUGAUUCAAUCUUUGACAAAUUUGAAUGUUGUCUGAGUGGGGAUGGUCAUCGUGUUGCGACUGGCUCUUACAGUAACUUAUUUCGUGUUUUUGGUUGUACUCCUGGAAAUACCGAGGCAACCACUUUAGAAGCAAGCAGAAACCCUAUGAGGCGUCAGGUUGCUAAUCCAACAAGGCCUACAAGAACACUGACCUCUUUGACCCGUGCUGUGAGGAGAGGGGGUGAAAAUGCAGGAGCCGAUGGCAAUGGGAAUUCUAAUGACUUCUCAACAAAGUUACUCCAUCUUGCGUGGCACCCAACUGAGAACUCCAUUGCGUGUGCUGCUGGAAAUAGCUUGUACAUGUAUUAUGCAUAGGGAAUGUGCUAGAGAAGAUUCACUGUUUUUGGUUUGUGCAACGUGAAAGCUUCGGCCUUGCACAUGCAACCAGAGAAAUGGUGCAGAACAUUGUCAUCAAUUCUGUGAUUGGGGGUCGGAAGAGGCGGUUGGCACCCAGGGGAUGGAUAUCCUCCAACUCCAAGCAUAGCAGACUAUUUCCUUCUGAUUCUUUAGUAAAUGUGAAACACAAAUUCUAAUCGCACGAUUGUAGCUGCAUGUGUAGCCAAAACACCAGCAGUUGGAGGACAGAGCAGAAGAUAGCAAGGCUGAUUCUAAUUUCACUUGGUCCCAGGAAAUAUCUGCUUACGGUGGAUGUAAGAAAUUUUCUUUUCUCUUCAUCAAGUGUAAUGUAAUGCCGCCUAGCCAGGUUUAACCAUCUGCUGUCACCAACGGUGAAACAUCUGUGGACAUAAAUUAUGACUUGUAGCCCCCCCCUCCCCCCUCUAUUUGUUGGUGGUCGAAACUUACAAUAAGUUUGCAGGUGUGACUCAACUCCUGCUGCAUGUGAUCGGCUAUGACCUAAGUUGUAUAUGCUACAUUUUGCCAUGCAAAACUCACAACUAAUGAUAUGGAUUCUUGAGUAUUCA